AUGCAGCUGACAUUUUUCCGGACGUUGCCAUGGCGCCUUGUUGGUUCGCGCGCAUUCGUCUCGGCUCAGCGAAGCGGCAGACUGCUCCGAUGUUCUCCAGCAAUCAGGUUCGCAACGAGUGGACCUCCAAGAGGUCCGUAUCAAGAGGACCAGGAGGAGGCUAGGGCAUUCGUGCUUGAACGUGGCUACAGCCCGCAGAUUGCCAAUGGCAUCUUGGAGGCCUUGAAGUUGCCAGGUGCAGGAAUUCCACCUGGAAAGUUCCUCAGCACUGUGAAGGAAAUGGCUGGACGUUGGGAAGUGGGCGAAGAUGCUGGGCUUCACUCCCUGGCGAAAAGCGUGGAGCAGGAGUUGAGCCAACAAGAAGGCAAGAGAGUGGUGCGUCCGACACCCAGGCUGUUGUGUGUUGGGUGGCUUUAUCUUGUGGUGAUUGGUGAGGUGUAUGGUAUGGAUCGAGCUUUGCAGGCAGCUUGCUGCUUGCUGCCUGCCUCUCAAUACUCAUGA